CCGCGUCCUUAGCAACCGAGGCGACAUGGCCAAAGUGAUAGCGGAUAAGAAGUCUUUGUGGCAACAGAUUUGUGAAGAGUAUGAGGCGGAGCAGCCCCAUGCUCCUGGUGUUGAGCCUGGGGACACGGACUCAGUGGACACUGAUGUCUCACAGUUCAGCGCCAGCAAGCACACGCCUGUGUUCUAUGGACUCAUGGCCACCAAGGUGGCAGUAGACUGUGAUCCACUGUUGGACUUUGAUCCCCUUCACUCUCACCCUGCCUUGGCUGGCUAUGCUGUGUUAGAGAGAUCCCCCCCUUCAAGACUCCCAGCUACUCACCCCAUUGACCCCAAAAGCUGUUCCCCUAGAGAGUUCCUGGAGCUUGCUGUGUUCCCUGUGCUGCUGCCAGGUCUGGAGGCCAUGCUGAGAGAAGCACAAAGCCAGCACUGCCUGGAGGUGAUGGGUAUCCUUAAGAAUGCUGUAAUGAUCCUCCCUUUCCCAUUAGAGCAGAUCAGAAAAAAGGUGUUAAGUGAGGAUAGUCAGAAAUACUACAAGACAAACCCUCAUCCAUGCAAAUUACAAAGAAAGACCGGGAAUUCAUGUACUGUAUGUAACCUUUGUGUUCCCAUUGUCCGUGAUAGCAAAAACCCUAUCAGACAGGGAGAGGAGCCAGUGAGCUUUGAGCAGAUCCCCUUCGUCCAGGAUUGGCUAAGAGAGCAUCCCAGGCCUCCCAUUCCCUUGUCACUACUGCUGUCAGAUGAUGAGGCUGUGGUGCUGAUUCAGGCUUUCUGGAGGGGCUACAAGGUGCGCUGUGACAGGGAGGUGCAAGAGCUGCGUCAGUGGCAGAGAGAGCUGAGGGAGGAUAGCAGGAGCAUCCGCCAGAGAGUGGAGGAGUUUUGGGCUCAGCGUGAAUCCCGAGUGGGGCGAGAAAUUGAGGAUCCCGAGGAGGCUGCUCAGCCAAACUACUCUGGAGUGUCCAUCCGCUUGCUCUCACCUACCCCACAGAACACCCUCAUCCUGUCCUCGACAACUCCGAACCCUGCGACACUGUCCCCUUCUCUGGAGAGCUCUGAUGAAGUAUAAGCCUGUCCACUGCAUGGCGUAUCUCUGUUAUGCUGUCCUCUGCACCUUUGAGUAGGAGUAUGCACAAUAUCUGACUGCCUCGGAACCUUUUGAGAGUUUUAUUAACAGUAGAACUAUGUAAUUUUGUCGUGCAAAAGCAACCUUUGUGGCUGUCUGGAUGCCUGUAAGUUCGCAGUGCUUUGUCAGAUCCUCUAUCUUAUCUAUGUAUGUCUGUGCUAUGGGCUUGUAGUGUGCAAAGUGGAAGGCCUGACAAGAACACAUGGAAAGUCAAGCUGAUCAGGAGUUGGUAUGUAAAGAGAAUUAAUAAUAAUUGCAUAUUCCGAGUUCAAAAGAAUCUAUUCUCGAUCCACCCUUUGACAUGUAUGUGAUGUCUGAUUUUGAUAAACCUACCUGAGAGUAAGUCUUCACAGA